GGCGCUGGCUGACCAGCCUCCAACCGCACGCACGGUGCCCCCUCCAGGACCCCAAGUGACUGCGCCGCCCCCCGCCAUGUCGGACUACGAGAACGAGGACGAGUGCUGGAGUGCCCUGGAGAGCUUCAGGGUGAAGCUCAUCUCGGUCAUCGACCCCGCACGCAUCACGCCCUACCUGCGGCAGUGCAAGGUCCUGAACCCCGAUGACGAGGAGCAGGUGCUCAGUGACCCCAACCUGGUCAUCCGCAAGCGGAAAGUGGGCCUGCUCCUCGACAUCCUGCAGCGGACGGGCCACAAGGGCUACGUGGCCUUCCUGGAGAGCCUGGAGCUCUAUUACCCACAGCUCUACAAGAAGGUCACGGGCAAGGAGCCUGCCCGCGUCUUCUCCAUGAUCAUCGAUGCCUCCGGGGAGUCGGGCCUCACACAGCUGCUGAUGACGGAGGUCAUGAAGCUGCAGAAGAAGGUGCAGGACCUCACGGCCCUGCUGAGCUCCAAGGACGACUUCAUCAAGGAGCUGCGGGUCAAGGACAGCCUGCUGCGCAAGCACCAGGAGCGCGUGCAGAGGCUCAAGGAGGAGUGUGAGGCCUGCAGCCGGGAGCUGAAGCGCUGCAAGGACGAGAACUAUGACCUGGCCAUGCGCCUGGCCCGCCAGAGUGAGGAGAAGGGCACCGCACUCAUGCGGAACCGCGACCUGCAGCUGGAGGUCGACAGGCUCAAGCACAGCCUGAUGAAGGCGGAGGACGACUGCAAGGUGGAGCGCAAACACACGCUGAAGCUGCGGCACGCCAUGGAGCAGCGGCCCAGCCAGGACCUGCUGUGGGAGCUGCAGCAGGAGAAGGCGCUGCUGCAGGCGCGGGUGCAGGAGCUGGAGGCCUCCGUGCAGGAGGGGAAGCUGGACCAGAGCAGCCCCUACAUCCAGGUGCUGGAGGAAGACUGGCAGCAGGCGCUGCGGGAACACCAGGAGCAGGCCACUGUCAUCUUCGCCCUGCGCAAAGACCUGCGUCAGGCCGAGGCCCUGCGCGCCCGGUGCGUGGAGGAGAAGGAGAUGUUUGAGCUGCAGUGCCAAGCCCUGCGGAAGGACUCUAAGAUGUACAAGGACCGCAUCGAGGCCAUCCUGCAGCAGAUGGAGGAGGUGGCCAUCGAGCGGGACCAGGCCAUCGCGACGCGGGAGGAGCUGCACACACAAUGCGCCCGCGGCCUGCAGGACAAGGACACGCUGCGCAAGCAGGUGCGGGAGCUGAGCGAGAAGGCCGACGAGCUGCAGCUUCUCCUGUUCCAGCGCGAGGGCCAGCUGCUGGCCGCGGAGGGCCGGCUCAAGCGGCAGCAGCUGGAGAUGCUCAUCCUGAGCUCCGACCUGGAGGACAGCUCACCCCGGAACUCCCAGGAGCUCUCCAUCCCCCGGGACCUGGAGGAGGACGCCCAGCUCUCUGACAAAGGUGUCCCGGCUGACAGAGAGAGCCCAGAGCCGCCCUUUGAGGCUCUGCAGAAGGAGCGGCUUUCACUGAACCCCAAUGACGCACGUCUGAGCGGCGGGGAGCCCCCCGAGAAGGAGCGGCGGCGCCUCAAAGAGAGCUUUGAGAACUACCGCAGGAAGCGGGCGCUCCGUAAGAUGCAGCACGCCUCGAGACAGGGGGAGGUGGACUGGGAGAACACCACGGGCAGCGACAACACGGACACCGAGGGCUCCUAG